AUAUAAAAUAAUUGAAAAAUUUUAAAAAUUAAAUACACACACAAACUUUCUUGUUAGAAAUUACUAAUCAAUUUUUUGACAUUUUUUCGCGCUACAAAAGUCGCUAAUUAUGGCACGUGACUAUAAUACUAGAACUUUAAUUAUCUACAAAUGUAGAUGGCGUUGUAUGUAAAAAUAAAUGGAGCGAAUUUUCAUGGGUUUCAAAUAAGUCAAUCAAUUAUUUUUGUACGAAUUUAAUAAAGAAGAAUAAUUUAUUAAUUUAAAUAAAUAAAUUAAAAAAAAUGUCACAGUACUGCUAUGAUACAAAAGAUAUCAAAAUAAUUGAUUUCGGUGAAGUUGAAAUGGGUAGAACAAUUAUUAAAUCAAUUAAGAUAAUGAAUGAAAGUUGCAAAGAACAAUUUUAUGAAGCACAAAGGGAUCCUGUAACAAAUCCUAUAGAUCAUGUUUUUAAUUUGAAGUCGUAUACCUGGACUUUACUACCUGAACAAUCUUUCUCCUGUGAAGUACAAUAUCGACCAGUUGUACCAUGUUCUAAAAAUGUGGAUUAUUUUAUUAUUACUGGCACCGUUUCUACAUAUAUAAAAAUUAUUGCUUGUGGAACUUGUAUUGGUCCUAAAAUUUCAUCAUCAGCAAAUAAAAUUAUAUUAAAAUGUUCAAAAAAAUAUACGCAAGUGAAAAAACAAAUAAAACUUUCAAAUCAUUCAAAAGUAAAAGCGAUAUUUGCAUUUGAUAUCGAUAUAGAACAAAGACACUUUAAAUUAGAUAUCAGACAAGGCAUACUUAAUCCUGAUGAUUAUAAAUAUAUAACAAUAACUUUUAUACCAACUGAAGAAGGAAUUUAUGUAUAUCAUUUACCAUGUUUAAUAUUGUAUCAGAGUCCUAUUAUUAUAAAAUUAUUUGGAUUUUGUACAUCAAUUCAUCAGCAAUCUGAGAUUAACUUAGAUUCAGACAAAUUUAGUUCGCAAGAACAAAAUGGUUUUGAAGAAUAUAUGAGUGAUAGUAUUAAUAUAAAGAAAGGAAAUUUAGAACUAAUAUCUUUAUCUAAAAAUUAUUUUGACUGUAGUCAGGUCGAUACAAAAAAUAAAAUAAAUAGAACUCACCAAACUGUUUGUUUUACAAAUCAUAAUAAAACCAAUUUAUUACUCAAGUGGGAUCAAGAUGUUACUGGAGUUUUUAAAAUAGAGCCACGCAUUGCAAAAAUAUGUCCAAACCAUUCUGCUCUGUUUGAAAUCAUUUUUCAACCUAAUGAAGAAAACAAUUUAUAUACAAAGCAAUUCAUUGGAUAUUUUUUUGAUAAAGAUCCAAGGGAUGAAGGAAAAGAAGAAAACAAAAUUUUUGUAAUUCCUUCCUUUACAUGCAUACGAGUAAUAGGACAUUCCUUUCCUACUAAUUCUGCAGGAUGGAUUCCUCAGUAUGAAUUACCAUCAAUGAUUGUAUUACCACCAUGUAUUCCAUCACUAUCAGUAUAUACUACAUUUGUAAUUAAGAAAUUUGGCCAUUUGCCUUUAAUGUUUCAUUUUUUGCCUCCAGCUGAUAGCCAUUUUGUUGUCAAACCAAUGCUAGGAAUUAUUUAUGAAGAUUAUCAGAUAGUGGUAGUUCAAAUGUGUCCUAAAAUGAUAGGAGAACAUUUAUAUAUGGAACAAUGGGCCAUAUGUUUUAAUGGAAAUCUAAAGAACAAAGAUUAUAUUAGUUUUAAAGGAUAUACAGAAUAUGCAAAUAUUAGUUUUAAUAAUAAUCCAAUAACAUUUGUUACAACACAUCUAGAUACACAGCAAAAAGAACAAAUACUUAUAAGAAACCUUACUCGUCACAUUAUUAUGUAUGAAUUUUUGAAUGUACCAUCACAAUUGAUUAUUCCACAUUUGAAGGGCCAGAUCUAUGCUAAUGAUAUUCAUUCUUAUGAAUGGGUAUUUCAUCCUACCGAAUGUGGUGAAUAUAAUUUUGAUAUUAAAUGUAUUCUGACGAUCAUACAAAAUGAUUUACCUGUUGGAGCAGAAAUUAGCAUAAUAUUGCACGUUACUGGAAAAUGUGAAGCUGGUUUACUUGUGGCAAUACCUAAUAAAUUGAAUUUUGAUGUACAACUAUAUGGAAAUACAAAAACUAAGAGUUUUUAUCUUUAUAACUUCAGUUCUGUCAAUAUACCUUUCAAAAUAAUAUGUUGCCAUAAAUCUUGGCCAAUAGGAUGUAUAGAACGUGAUGUAAAAAUAUAUCCACUUUCUGAGACUGUUCUUUCAAGAAAGUCAAAAAAAAUCGUUGUAUCUCUUACACCAUACACUUCAGGGUUUUAUGAAAUAGUGAUUAAAUAUAUAGUAAAAAUUAAUUCUUCGACGGAUAAUAUAAGUUACAUACAAUUACCUCGAAAAAUAUGCAAUGUUUAUUGUAUGUGUGAAUUGCCCACUUUAAAAAUCGAAGAUGUACAAUUUUAUGGAAUUUGCUCAUCAAUAUCUAAAAUUAAUUUAUGGAAAAUAAUAGAAUUCCCGCCAAUGUUAUUACAUGAAAAUACUAUACGUAUAAAAUUACAUAUAUCUAAUCCAACAUCAGUGAAUACUAAAUGGGAUAUUAAAAGAAUACAAUUAUGCUUUUGUAAAAGAAUAAGUAAAUCGCGAGGCCUCUCAUUCCGAUAUAUGGAAUUUGAUUGUGUUCAUAGGAAAGUAUGUUCUAUUUAUCCACAAUCAGGAUUAGUAAAGCCAAAAGAAAUAAUUACACUUAAUAUAGAAUUACGUUAUUUAUUAUUGGGAAAAACUCAAGUAAAAUGGGAUUUAAAUAUUGGCCAUGAACGCCAUAUUUUUUUGUAUAUGCAAGUAGAAGCUUUAUCUGGAUCUGAAGAAGAACUAUAUUUACUUUAUCCACAAGUUGUAAAAUUGGACACUUAUUUUGCCAAUAAGAAAGCACAACAUCAGAUAUAUUGGAUUUAUAAUUAUACAAAUAAUUAUUUACCAUAUACUGUGGAUAUUACUGAUCUACAUAAAAUAAAUCAAAUCUAUCAUUCAGAAAUAUUUGCAUGUUUAAAUCCAGAUGGUAUUGCAGAGCCACAAUCUCUUACACCUCUUAUUUUGAAAUAUCAUCUUAAACAAUUUACAGCAAUUGAGGCAUAUCUUCCUAUUACUUUCGGCAAUAAAAAAACAAAAUUAUUUAUAAGUAGCCAACCGUCUAUUGUAUAUCCACCUAAAGUGAUAAGAGAAAUUCUACCUAAUUUUGAUGAUGAUGAAAUCAAUGAAUUACCAAUAUAUUUUUCGGUCGAUUAUAUACACUUAUGCACAAGUAUACAUAGCCGUGUUGUUAAAAUAUUUGUGAUGUAUAAUGCUACAAAAUAUGAUAUAUUCUCCUAUACAUGGGAAAAUAAUAAUGUAUCAGAAUUAUGGAAUAUAGAAGUACAUCCCAAAAAAGGUGUUAUACAGCCUAGAAAACAUCAAAGUUUUCGUAUAAUAAUUAAUACAAAAAGUUUAACUUGUCAAGUAAAUAUUAACGUAAUUUGUGAAUUUAUUAAUAUUAGCCAAAGACGAAUUUUUCAAAGGAAUAUUUAUAAAUAUAAUGAGAUAUGUAAACAACUGGAGUCAGAAUUUAUUUUUACAGAAAAAGGUGAACAUUUUCCAAAGUUACCAUCAAAACCAGAAGGAAAGCCUGACAUAUUUUGCAAAGCAUUGUCCAUACAAUGUAAUAUAUACAGUCCAGAAGAUAUUCUUUUAAGAACCAAAUUAAUGGAAGAAUUAAAAAUGACUCCAACUGAUGAACUUCAGAUAGAAGACAAUAUAAAAUCUUCUAAUAAUUAUGGACAUACUAAAAUGAUAUUGUUCAUUUUAGAAGGAAUGAUAUGGGAUAUUCUUAAUAGUAGAAUAUUUAAACAUACAAUUCAAGAAUAUGCACUUAAUGGACCACACUUGUAUUAUUCUCAUUUUUUUACAAAUCCAUUAGAAAGUGAAAAAUUAAUAAUGAAAUCAUAUAUAGCACCACCACAAAAGUUAAUUGCAACUAUAUUAGAAAAGAUGCUAUUUUUUAUAAUACACGAAGAAUUUCAUUUGGAAACUGAACAUUUAUGUAUGCAAAAAGAUAUCAGGCACUUAAACGAUACAAAACUAAUACCCGUAUUACAAGCAAAUGAUAAAAUUGAGGAUGACUUUCAUGAUAUCUUAAGAAAUCGUCUCAAACAAUUUAGAGUUUCUUUUAUGGAUUAA